AUGAGUCAGCAAUAUUAAAUGGAUGAAUCCUUUCUAAAUAUAAAUGAUUUAAUCACAAAUGAUCAGUCAUUAGCUGUUGGAUUAUGGUCUAGGUAUAAUCCGUAAGGAGUAACCUAAUAACUUGGAAUUGUUGGAUUGAUGGAUUCCAAUUGCUUUCAUUAUCAGAGUUUGAUUGGAGAAUAAUCAAAAGGCUUGGAAUAAAUUUAUUAUGAUUGUCUUUACCCUGAAAACAAAACUAUACAAAAAUAUAUCUAAUUUAUAACUUAAGAUGGCCAAUAGCACUAAUAUAUAUUAGAUAUUAACCCAUUCGAAUAUGAAACUGUUUGGUAUUUGUUUUAAUUAUAUUAUUAUCCUUCAAGAAACAUAAUUGAAUUCAUAAUAAUAAAAAAAUAGGAUAUUUUGCUUCUGAAGAAAUUAGAUUCUCUUCUUCUUUUAGAAAAUUAGGUAAAAAAAUAUGUUGGAGGAAGUCUCAUUGUACAAACUUCAAAUCUAGAAUCAAUAGAAGCAGGAAAAAAAUUUUCCUAUUUUCCAGGUUAAAUAUAUCAGGUUAUCACUCUUCCUCAUCGACCUUCUAUUUAUGAAUUAGAAAAAGGGAUAAUCUCCUUAGUUGAAUUUAUCGAGUUUCAGUUUGAAGAUUAAUGCAAUAGCGUGAUCACUUAUUAAAUACCAGAUUAAGACAUAUUUUAUUUAGAUCAAAAAGUUCAUGUUUCUGAAAAUGUCAAUUUUGAUUCAUUUGUUUUGGCUAGUUGGUUUAGAAUUACAAAAAUACAUCAAGUUGAUGAAGAGUUUACGUAUCAAUUUUUAAAAGUAAGUAAACAUACUAAACAUUAACAAUUUUCUAAUUCUAACUUAGCUCCAUUCUAGUUGUUCUAUAAAAUAUCUCCAAACAAUAAUAAAAUAAUAAUUACUACUUAUAGCUACAAUUACCCAUCUAUAACUUUAGAUUUUACUAAUAGUGCUAACAAUUUUAUGUUAACUGAAGAAUUCGAAAUUAAAAAUAAAAUCACUCUUUGGCACAGUUUGUUUGUUAAUCUUCAAUCAGAUCAAAUUUUUAUUUAAAUUAAAUUUUUUGAAAAAUACCAAGUAUAUGAAUAUUCUAAGACAUUUCCUGUUAAAUAAUUUGGCAUUGUAAAUUUAUCUGUUCAAUAUGGAAAUUUAUUGAAUUCGAUUUAGAAUUAUUUAGAUAUCUAAACAAGAAAUAAUAUCUUUUAUAAUUGCUAAUAGUAAAUAGAAGAGCAAAAUUGCCAUUUUUCGUGCUAAGAUUGUGAUGGUCCAACAAAUUUCGAUUGUUUAUCUUGUUCCGAAGUAUCAUAAAGAAUUUAUAUACCAGAACAUAAAGUCUGCAUUUGUCCUUAUAAUUAUUUAGAUGAUUAAAUUAAUUAAAAUUGUCUGUCUUUAUCAGGUUAAUCAUUUGAUAUCUAGGAAUUAAUUAAAAAUAACGAUUGUAAAUUUGGCUAUUUUGAAUAUGAUGAUUCAUGUUAUGCGUGGUAAAUUAUAUUAUUAAUAUGAAGUCCUUCAAUUUUUUCUGAUAAAUAGAUAACAUGUUUAGAUUGUCUAUAAAAUGUAAACGGAUGGCAAGAGAAGCCUUAUUGUUAAACUACUCUCUAUUUUAAUUCUAAUGGAAAUACAGCAAUUACAAUAGAUGACUAGGAUGAUAUGUUCAUUUUUGAUGGUUUAGAACCAUAUUUAUGCAGAGAUUGCAUUAGAUAAUCUUUUUUUGAUAAUGAUAGUAUUUUCAAACAGUUCUCUUAAUUGUAAAAUAGAUUUAAGUAAUUUUGUGAAUUUGGUGAAUAUUACUUUGAUUAAGAAAUCGCUGAAUCUUGCUAUGCAUGUAAAUUAUCUUGCUGUAUAUUCUGCACUAUUGAGGUGAUUGGGAUGAAAUGCGUUUUGUGUGAAGAAGGUUGUAGAUUGAUUGAUGGGGUUUGUAUUGCUGAUGAAAUAUACAGACCAUAUCUAAAAGGUUGUAGAAUUCCUAAUUAUCUAAAUUCAAUGAAUGUAUGUAAAUUAUGCCCUAUUAAAAAUUGCAAAUAUUGUUUUGAAUAUUAUGGGAAUGAUUUAGAAGAAUCUACUUUAUAUUUAAAUUUUAAGAUAUUUGGAUUUGAUGAAUAUGUAAGCAUUGGAUGCGCGAUGUGUGAUGAAAAUUAUAGUUUUGACUUUACAAUUGGUAACUGUAUUUAUAAAUAACCCUCCUUAUCCAAUUGCUUAAGGUCAUUUGUUAAUUUACAGGGUCAAGAAAUAUGCACUUUAUCAUCUACUGAUUUUAGUGUGGCUUCGGAAAUAAUUAAUUGUAGUAGGUUAAUAGACAAUUGUAUGCAAUGCUAUAUCACUCCUAUGUAUGUAGUAAGAUGCAUAAUUUGUAACUUAGGGUUUUCAGUAUCUAUCAUUUAAGGAAAUUGCUAUAAAAAUACUUUAGUUCUAAGAUAUGAAAAUGCAAAAAUUCUGAUUGAAGGAGAAGAGUAUGCUGAUGCAUCAGUAUAAAGAAUAUAGAGUUUUAUGAUGAAAUUUUUACCAAACUAAUACAUUCAUUAAAAAAAUUAUGUAGAUUAUUUAAUCUAUCUUUUCGAAAUAGAAUGUAAUUAGGGAUAUUAAUUAUAUUAAUCUUAUUUAUGUGCCAAAUAUUGCACUUAAGAAUGUUUGGAUUGUUAAGAGUCUAAAUAUCUGAAUUAAUUUUAUUGUGCGAAAUGCCCAUUAAACUAUUAUUAAUAACCUAUUCGUAGUUAACUAGAUGGAUCAUGCAUUAGAUGUCCUGAAUUAUGUGAAAUUUGUGAAGUAAGAUCUGAAGAUGAAAUCUAAGUAACUAUUGAAAAUAUUAUAUAGAAAAUAAAUCCAAAUUUUUAAAUCACAGAAGACAACAAAUCUUAUACUUAUAAAUGUAUAAGACCAAUUUCAAAUAGUAAUGUAAUUAUAGAUUCUUACUUGUAAAUUGCUAAAUAUUGUUUUACAGGAAAUUGCAAUUAUGAAUUCACUAAAUAUUCUUCUAUUUUAAGGGAUUUAGAUGCUUAAAUUGAUACCCACUAUUGUAAUUAAAUUGGAGUAUAGGACUUAAAAAUAUAAAUUAAUUCAAAGGCAGAUGGAGGGAAUCUCUCAAUAAAAACUGAGUUAAAAAAAUACAUUUUUAGUUUACAGCGUCUUAAAAUUGAAGUUAACUUUUUUUACAAAAGUAUUUAUUUUAAGGUGAUUUCUGGCUUUGAUUAUAUAGAAAUUAAUGAUGUGUAUCUAGACAUGAGAUAUCAGGAUUUUCUAUUACAUAAUGAAAAUUAAAAAAUUAAUCUAGUCCUAAAUAACAUAGUGUUUCAAGAAAUUUAAUUCAAUUAUCGUUCUUCUUUAAUUGACUCAGAAUUAUUCGGAGAUAUUUCAUUGAAUAAUAUUUCAAUUAUUAAUUCUAAUUUCAAUUCAUCAUCAUUUUUGAAAUUAAAUUAAAAAAUGUCAAACCAAAUUUUUUAAAUCUCAAAAUUGACUUUAUAUAAAUGUAACUUUACGAACUCACAACUAUUUCAGCUUUGGAAUAAUGAGGUUCAAAUUUUGAUUGAGUAAGUAGUUAUUGAUUCGACCAUAUUUUAUAAUUCGUCAUUCCUCACUUUUUUUUAGAAAGCCGAUGGCCAAAGUAAAUUGGAAGUUAAAGAAAUAAAAAUAACAUCAAGCCAAUUUUUUCACUCAUUCAUUUUAAAUUGUACUAAUCUACAAAAAAUUAUUAUCAAUAAUUUUAACCUAAAUAAAAAUUAAAUAGUCCUUUCAAACAUUAUUGUAUUUAAUAUGAAUUUAGCUAUAUUUUAAACCGAAGUAAAUAAUAAUACUUUUAUUGAAUCAUAAUUUAUUAAAACAGUAGACUCAGAAAGCAAGAAGAAAAUAUAUGUUUAAGUUGACAAUUACAAUGCUAUUCAAAAUUAUUUUACAAAUUCUAGUCUAUUUUAUAUAUCAAAUGAAAAUAUGUAGUAUUAAUUAACAACUGCUCAAAUUUAGUUUAACUAAGGAUAAACUAAUAAUCAAUAUCAAGAUAUUAGUCUAUUUAAUAUACAUUGUUUUCAGCUGGUAAUUGAUAAUAUUUACAUCGUUGAUUCAAAUAAGAUUUGCAUAUUCUAUGUUUUAGAAGUUUUUGAAAUAUUUGCAUCAAACAUAGUUUACUAAAAUUUUAAUAUUAAUAAUAAGGUGUCUUCUAGCUUAAAUUGUAGAGAUUAUUAAAAUUUUAAUUAUCCACUACUUUUAAUUUCUGGAUACUCUAUUAUUAGCCUUAAAAAUAUAAAAGCUCUUAAAAUAUUUAGUAUUGAUGAAUAAUUAAUAGAAAUAAAAUCAACUAGAAAAAGAUGGAAUAAUAUGCCUCUGAGUUUAGAAUUGAUAAAUUUGGAAUUUAUUGGGAAUUUAUUAUUGCAAAAAUAGGCAACAAAUUAUUUCUCUUUAUUAUCAAUAAAUUCUGAACAAAAUACCACCAUUUAAAUGGAAAACAUUUUUUUUGAAAAAAAUUUCAUUCAUUAGCAAACAGAUGAUCUUUAAGAUUCAGCAGCAGCAUUGAUCAAUAUAAAUUUAAAUACAGGGUAUAUUAGAAUAAAUAAUCUCUAUUGCUCUUAAAAUGCUCUGACUAAUUCUUCAAAUUCAUUUAUAUUUUUGAAGUCUGAAGUCAUAACACUUACAAAUUAUACAGCUUUAAACCAUAAUAUAAUACCUUUAGAAUUAUGGGAUUUAUAUUAUGAUUUUUAAUUAGAGGACAAUUAACAUGCAUAUGAUUAGGAUCAAAUAAAUUAAAUCAUAGAAUAAACUUUCAAAAUAAAAAGUAAAUGCGGAGCUGGUUUGAUAACUGCUGUUGAAUUUUCUUGCUUUAAUUGUUUAUUUUAGGAUAUUAUUGGAUUGAAAAGUUCUGUAUUUGAAAUAAAAACAUAAGGAAACGGAAAUAUUGAAUUAAGAAACCUAAAAAUAAAUUCUUCAUAUUAUGAUUUAAGUAGUAUAAUAGAGAGUUCAGGCUGUAUUACUAUUUAAUCAUCAAGUAGUUAGCUAAAUUUAAAAAUCAUAAAUGCUGAGUUUGUAAAUGUUUUUAAUCGUUUAGCAACAUCAAUCCUUACAAUAAAUCCAUCUGUAUUCUAAAAUUAAAUUUUAAUAUAAGAUGUGACUAUUAAAAAUUGCAUUUCAUUGAAAAAUUCAAUAAUAAGUAUAUUAUUCUCAACCUAGAAUAUAAAUUCAAACAAAGUUUUUAUAACAAAUGUAAAUAUAAACUAUCAGGAAGGUGCUUGGACCAAAUACUUCGAGAAGACUGGUAUAAUAAAUUAAAAUGAAAUAAUAGAUAUAACUGGUAAUUCAAGUUCUUUAAUUCAAUUAUAGAAUUGCAAUGUAGUUUUGUCUAAGAUUAUUUUUUCUGGGCUUUUUACUUGUCCUUUAAUUAAAUUAAUAAAUGUCUAAUAUUUAUUAAUCUCUUCAUUUUUGGCAUAAGACAUUCAAACAUUUUAUAGCUUUAAUCUUUUAGAAAUUUAUUAAGAUUUAUCAGUAAAGCAAACCAUAAAUAUACAAAAUGGAAAAUUUUUAAGAAUAUCAAUUUUUGAGAUUAUUAAUAACCAAAUUUAUGGGAAUUCACGAAUAAAUUACAGGCUUAAUCGGUGUAAUUAAGUUGAAAAUUUAUAAUCGGACGUUAGAAUUUAUACUUUUGAUUAAAUUAUCAAGCUCAUGCAAUCUACCGAAAAAGCAAGUUCUAUAAUUUAAAUUCAAUCGAACUCAAAUACUACAGUUAUUUAAAUUUAAAAUAUAAUUUUAUAACAGAUUAAUUGCUCCUAUUGUUUAAAUGGAUUGAUCUUUUUCAAUAUUGAAAACUAUAAAACAUUAAAAAUUAAGGAAAUUGCUUUUUUUUCAAAUAAAAUAAAACAAUUUGGUUGUUUGAAGAUAGUAGCAAGUAAUUAGAUCAACAGAAGUAGUUCAAUUUAGAAUUCAAAAUUUAUUAAUAAUAAUGGGAGUUCUGGUGUUGCUUUAUCUUCGACAAAUAUAUCUAUUAAGAUUAUUCAGUGUAGUAUAAUUAAUAACAUUGCAAGUAAUUAAGGUGGUGGAAUAUUUUUGGACAUGGAUACCAAGUAUUUGAUUAUUAAUAAAUCGACUAUUGUAAAUAACCUAGCUUUUGAAGGAGGAGGGAUCUAUAUAUCUAAAAUUUUAGACAGCAAUUCUAAAAAUAUUAUUUAAACAUUAUUAUAAUUCAACAAAGCAGACUUUCUGUCAAAUAAUCUAGUUGAAUAUCCAACCCAUUUAAGCUUAUUUAUUAAUUCUCAAGAAAUGCAAGCAUAUGAAUCUAUAAAAAAUGAAAUUAAAGUAAGAAUUUUGAAACUUAAACCUUAUAAAAUUAUUGAGUAAGGUGUUAUUAAAUAUAGUCAAUAUUUGAUGAUACCUAGCGAUUAAGUAAUUAAAAAUUAUAAGAAUUUUAUACCUUAAUUAUCAAAUUUUUAUAACUUAUUAAGUAAUCUUUAAAUAAAUUUAAAAAAUAGUAGAAAUGAAUUACUAUAAAAUUCAAAUCAAUUCUCAUGCUUAGUUUCAUAAACAUCUGCAAAAUCAAAUUAGGAUUAUACAUUUAGCAAUAUUAAACCAGUUAGUUCUCUUUAAAUUGACGAAUUUAAUCACUUUGAUUUAGGAUCUGUCCAAUUCCAUUAUGAUCCAUAUCAUGACGAAGAUUAAAAUUUAUAAAUUUUAGUAAAUUGCUCAUAAAAUACUUCGCAAAACCACUUACUAUAUUUAAUCAAUUCAAGAACCUAUAAAUGUUAAUUAGGAGAAUUUUAUAUUGACGAAGGAUGUUAAAUAUGUGAAUCAACCUUUGGUUUUUAUUCAGUUACCUACAAUGCCACAAAAUGUUCAAUAUUUGAUAAAACAAAGUUUGCAAGCAUAUCUUCACAUUCUAUAUAAUUAUUAUAAGGAUAUUGGAGGCCAAAUAUUUACUCUGAUUAUACUGAUUAUUGUUUCAAGAAUAUAGAAUUUUGUAAAGGAGGAUGGAAAGUAGGAGAUGAUCUUUGCUCUUUGGGUCAUCUUGGAGGACUGUGUGAAGAAUGUGAUUACCAUAAUAAAAGAGGGGAAGGAAAUUUUUUUAAGAAUUAAUAGGAUUCGGAAUGUUAUAAUUGCUCCACUAAUACUAUGAUGCCUUUUAUUUUCUCCUUUAUCUGGUAUAAAUAUAAAAAUAUUAAAGGACUAUUGUUUCUAUACUGAUCACGUUAAAAAGCAUUGAAAAAUCUAACCUGUUAUUUUCGAAACUUCAAUUUAAAAUAAGAUAUAGAAAGAUUUUAUUUAAAUUGGAAAAAGGUAUUUAAAUCUUUAUAUAAUUUAGAUAUGGAAGGUAUAUUCAUUAAGAUGUUGUUCAUCUAUUUAUGGAUAUUUUCAGUCAUAUUUACCUUUAACAUCAAAUUUUCGAUUUCAUUUUCUUUCAUUGAUCAAACAAGCAAUACUUCUUAAUUCAUGGCAUCCAGUCUUGAUUGCUUUUUAUCUGAAAUUUCUUCAAUUGAAGUUAUUUAUGUUAGAAUUAUUGCAACAAUGCUUUUGAUACUGAUAUAGUUAGGAAUCAUUUUGAUAGGUUACCAAUUAUAUAUUUUAGCUUCUAAGAGAAGAUUCUAAACCUACAUUAUUUCUAAUACAUUAUUAUACUUGUAUGUGUCAAAUUUCUCUGGGUUAAUUAAGCAGUAUAAAAUUAUAGUUAUAAAAGAUUUUGUUCGAUUGUGUCAAAAAGAAUAAUUUCAAAUAUAUAAUUCAUCUAGGGAGAUGUAACUUAACCAUUUGGAUCAUUAGAUCAUAAUUUGUGGAUCUGGGAAUUUGCUACUCCUGGGUUAGUUAUAUUUGGAUUUCUUAUUCCAUUUUCAUUGUUUUUGUUUAUGUUCAUUACUAAAAAUAAAUUUAAUAUAAUUUAAUUUAGAAGACAUAUAUGCUAUUUAUUUGAUGAAUAUAAUGAAUAAAACUACUUUUGGGAAUAAAUCAAAUUUUCAAAAAAAAUUUGCAUAAUCCUAAUUAUGACUUAUUUUGAAUCAAAUAUUUUACUAAAAGCUUCUUUGUUAGGCUUGUUGUUAUUAAUAUAUUAAAUAUUGGCAGAAAUGUAAUAACCUUACAAUUUGUAAAAAUUAAACCGUUUGGAUCUUUAAGCAGUGAAAAUUUGCUCUAUUGCUAUUUUUAUAGCAAUCGCUAAAUAUGUUAGUGAACAGGAGCUUCAGAAUACAUCUUCGCAAAUUUUGUAAGUGUUUAUUAUUUUUCUUUGUAUUAAACUCUGCUAUCAAUUUAUUUUAGAUAUCUUUAAAGCAUAUGUCAAAAAAUAUCAAGUGGCAUUCAUAACUUUACUCACUAACUUUUGUAAAAUGAUUAAACCGAAAUCUAAAACUUCAAUUUAUUUCGGCAACCUGCUUUUAAAAUGGAGUAUAAGAGAAAAAAAAAUGAAAUAAAAUUUUACAAUUUUAAAAGCACAUUUAAUAAAGAUGUCAAGUGCAUAAAAGAAAUUUUAAAAGUAAUUUCUCUCUUUAACAUAGAACCUUUAAUGCUAUCAAUUCCAAUUAAAAUUUAGCAUAAUUAAUCAAAUACAAGCAGUUAAAACAAAAAAAAUCUAAAAUCUAGUUAUCGUUAGAGAAAUGA